GGAGGCGGCAGUCCCUCCCGAGGUAGUCACUGAUGCGGGGUUGUGCGAAAGGCUCCGGUCAGACUUUACGCUUUCUAAAAAUGGAAGAAGCGAUUGCCUAAAGGAUUAACAGGAGGUCACAUGUUAGUUCAAGCCAAAAAAGUGAAAAUAAAACAUGCCAUCUUUCACGUUGGCCUGUGUAGCUUUACGGCUUGGACUACGCUUUUUACCCUAACACUGUACUCAUCAUGCCAGAAGGGAAAUCUCCUGACAAAAAAAGACCCCGUAGAAGCUUAUCAGCCAGCAAAACUAAAAACAAUGCCUGUAACUCUAUUAUUUCGUAUUUUGACAAUGUGCCACCUGCCGAACUUGCCUGCCCCAUUUGUAGUAAAAUGGUGCCCAGGUACGACUUAAACCAGCACCUGGACGAGGUGUGUGCUAACAGAGAUGCCAUUCACGUUGGUCCAGUGCAGGUUGGCUUAAUUAAUUCAAAUUCAUCCGUAGUAGAUUUUACCAGUGUUGCCUCAGAAGAUGUGACACCAGAGACCUCAUCACCACCAAAGACAAGAUUAACCCCUGGCCAGAGUGAUUUGGCAGAAGUGAGUGUAAAACAGACCAGUCCCUACUUUAAAAGUGAUGAUGCCACAGUAUGCAAAAAUCAGGAAGAGUUGAGAAAUCAUAAUGUGAAAGUCAUUUCUUUGGGAAGCCUGUCAUCUAAACUGUCCAGAAAAUACAUAAAGGCCAAAAAGUCCCUAGGUAAGAGUGAGGAAUUUGCCAGUCGCUGUCCACAAAGUUCCAUAUCCACAGCUGUUAGGAACCUGGCUGAUAAUGGUUCAGAAAUUGAGAAUGAGGAUGAAAAUUUGAGUAGUUCUCAAAAGGAAAACAUUUUUACAUGUGAUUCUCUAAAGGAAGAGAAUACUCCUGAAUGUAUGGUAAAUAGGAGUAAGAUAACAGAAACUGAAAGCCAAAAGGCUACCCAUGAAUGUGGGAAAUUAGCCCUUGGCCCUGGCUUGUCAGGUAAGGCUGUCAUAGGAUUUUCACCAGAUGUAACACUUGGGAAGAAGUUCAAGUCCACUUCAGAAGAUGGGCUUGUAAAGCAAGAGAAUAUCAAAGGAGUAGAUGAUAAAGAUUUUGAAAAACGUGAGCUGUGCCCUUGUGAAGAAGUAGAAAUCACCAUUGCUUCAGAAGUUAAAACACGGUUGUCGAGUUCAGAGGCAAGAUCUACUUGUACAAGUGAUGGUUCUAAAUGGAGUGACAUCCAAGAAUUUCAGGAGGGUGACAGCGAUGUGAAGAAUAAAGUAGUUUGCAGCAUUCCUCUGGACAUGGGCUCAAGCCGUGAUGUUCCUGGUGACACAGCUGUAACACCCUUAAGUCAUCCUUACUAUCUCCGGAGUUUCCUCGUGGUCCUGAAAGCCGUACUAGAGAACGAAGAUGACAGGCUGCUCUUUGACACCGAGGAUAAGGAGGUUAUAACCAAAUUUUAUCAGUUAUCAGCUAGUGGUCAGAAGUUAUAUGUAAGGCUCUUUCAACGAAAAUUAACCUGGAUUAAAGUGAACAAGUUAGAAUAUGAAGAGAUCGCUCCAGACUUAACACCUAUGAUCGAAGAACUGCAGCAUGCAGGCUUUGUACAGACAGAAUCUGAGUUACAAGAGCUCUCUGAAGUCCUUGAACUCCUCUCUGCUCCUGAACUGAAAGCCCUGGCCAAGACCUUCCACCUGGUGAAUCCCAGUGGACAGAAACAGCAGCUGGUAGACGCCUUUCUCAGAUUGGCCAGGCAGCGUUCAGUCUGCACUUGGGGCAAGAGUCAGCCUGGAAUUGGAGCUGUUAUUUUAAAAAGAGCUAAAGCCUUGGCUGGACAGUCACUGCGAGUCUGUAGAGGUCCCAGGGCUGUGUUUUCUCGGAUCUUACUCCUGUUUUCAUUGACUGACUCUGUGGAAGAAGAAGAAAGUGCCUGUGGUGGUCAAGGUCAGCUUUCCACAGUGUUCUUGGUCACUCUUGGCCGAGUGAAGUUCCCUAGUUAUAUUGUCAGUCGGAAAACCCAAAUCUUCCAGGACAGAGAGGAUCUUAUCAGAUACGCAGCGGCUAUGCACAUGCUGAGCGACAUUUCCACCGCCAUGGCCAAUGGGAACUGGGGAGAAGCUAAGGACCUCUCUGACAGUGCAAAAAGGGAGUGGAACAAACUGAAAAACCACCCUUCCCUGAGGUACCACGAGGAGUUACCACUCUUCCUGCGGUGUUUCACAGUCGGGUGGAUUUAUACACGGAUUUGGUCUCGGACUGUUGAGAUACUGCAGAGGCUUCACAUGUAUGAGGAAGCUGUCAAGGAACUUGAAAACCUUUUGUCUCAGGAAGUCUAUUGUCCUGACAGUAGAGGCCGAUGGUGGGAUCGACUGGCUCUUAACCUGCACCAGCACCUGAAGCGCCUAGAACCGGCUAUCAGAUGCAUCGCUGAAGGGCUGGCAGAUCCAGAAGUAAGGACAGGACACCGCCUUUCACUGUAUCAGAGAGCCAUGCGCCUGCGGGAGUCCCCGAGCUGUAAAAAGUACAAGCAUCUCUUCCGCCAGCUGCCGGAAAUAGCUGUGGAAGAUAUUAAACAUGUGACCAUCACGGGCAGGCUGUGCCCACAGCAUGGGAUGGGCAAGUCCAUGUUUGUUGUGGAAGCUGGGGACACCACGACCCCCACCACGGUCCUGUGCUCUGUGGAGGAGCUGGCGCUGGACCACUACCGUCGUAAUGGCUUUGACCAGGGGAUUCACGGGGAAGGGUCCACCUUCAGCACAUUGUGCGGCCUCCUCCUGUGGGAUGUGAUCUUCAUGGAUGGGAUCCCGGACGUUUUCAGAGACGCCUACCAGGCAGCCCCGCUGGACUUGUGCACAGACAGCUUCUUUGCCAGCAGGAGGCCUGUGCUUGAAGCCAGGCUGCAACUGAUUCAUAGUGCCCCUGCAGAGAGCCUGCGGACCUGGUUGGCUGCCACGUGGCAGGCCCAGGAGGGCCGAGUGUCUUCCCUUGUCAGCUGGGAUCGCUUCGCCUCUCUUCAGCAAGCUCAGGAUCUCAUCUCCUGCCUUGGGGGCCCCAUCCUCAGCGGUGUGUGCCGGCGCCUGGCUGCUGACUUCCGACACUGCCGAGGGGGCCUCCCUGACCUGGUGGUGUGGAACUCUCAGAGCCGUCAUGUCAAGCUGGUGGAAGUGAAAGGCCCCAAUGAUCGUCUUUCACAUAAGCAAAUGAUCUGGCUGGAUGAACUGCGGAAGCUGGGGGCCGAAGUCGAAGUCUGCCAUGUGGUUGCAGUUGGGGCUAAGAGCAAGGGCCUCAGCUAGAAGCUAAGGAAUUGAGUAUCUGAUCAUAUGUUGAUACAUGAUUUUUAAAAGCAGAAGGCAGUAUGAUUAUAUUUUUGAUCUUGUUAGUGAUAAACCUUCUAACUUAAUGACUCAUCGUUACAUAACGUUUCACAAAACUUCGUAUCUGCUUGAAUAUCUGGUUGAUUCCACACAGUACGUAAUAAACUAAAAAAAUAAAACCUUGGUCAUUUCAAGAGCUGAUGUAUCUGUGCCAUUAGAUUUGGAAAAGGCUGGGAAAAAAGUGGGGAAAAUCAAGAUGAUUCACAGCUUUAAAUCUUUUAUUACAAAAGUAGCAUAAAUAAUAAGUAUUAUGGAGAUAAAACUUUUUUUUUUUUUUCCUGUUCUGAGGACACACUGAGGGCCUUGUAUGUGAAUGUACUAGACUAGCACUCUAUCACAGCUACAGACCCACCAGGGGACAGAUUCUCAAAUUUAGAUAUUUCUUCUGCACUGGUUUACAGUGUCAUUAAAUACUCCUGUGAUUUUCCAAGAAGGUCAGAAAGAACAGAAAUUCUGCUUUCUUUAGAAUUAAAAACCAAAUUCUUAUGAAGUUGCUUAAUUUAUGACUUACCCGUAAGUGCUUACUCUUAGCAGUUGGGGUUAUGUCACCAGAGGCGCGGACAGUCUACAAAACCAGUUGUCCUUUCACAGCCUUCUCCUCAGAAGCAUCCCUAAUAAUGAGCUUUGGCGCAAGUUUUGUUAGCAGUGGCAUAAUGAAAAAAGGACUGCCACCACCAUGGUUGGAAGGGUCUUAGGCUGUGAGGGCCAUGGUAAGAUGACUUAUCUGGAGACUUAGGACUUAGGGUUGCAGGUUUCAUCCAUGGACUCUGAGGCCUUGGAGGCAGUUACCCCCGUUUUUAUAAUUAUCACUAAUUUUAGAGGGCAAGCAAAAAGACUGCACGGACGACACUCAGAUAAUGGGUAAGAGAAGAUGCCUUUUGAGUUUUCAAUCACUGUGCUCAUUCAUGCUGAUAAUGCACCACAAACAGUUUCUGUGGAAAUUUUAUUUAGCAGUCAAAAUUUCCUUCACAUUCAUUCUGUUGAACAACAAGAUCACUCAUCUCUUGCUCAUUUUACUUCAAGUCAUCAGUUUUAGGCACAAAGGUUUUACUUUUCUCUCAAAAUCAAGUUCUACUUGAGGUUACUGCUAUAGCAAGCAGAUUCUGUUGAACUGUUCUGACCUCCUGUUAAUACAAAUUAAUAUCCUUUUCUUAAAGUUAUUUUUGGUUUUACAUUUGAUCCCCAUCAUAAAUGCUAAGACACAUACAGCUUUAAGUCCAAUGCCGCCUGGCCUUUGCCUGGACCCCAUCAGCACAGGCGUCCACGAGCCUGUGGUACAGUGGGUGUUGGGCUCCUUGGGUUACUGCACACAGCCACACCGACACUUCACGUCACCAGUGUCAUUUCUCCUCAAGUUUCACAGUGACCCAGACAAGGCUGUGAUAGUUGUUUUUCAUACUAUGCACAAUAAACAUUAUGUAACAACUAUUCAACAAAAAAUCCAUAUUUCACUACAUUUGAUUAUCAUACAAAAAUAUGCAAUUUUCUAUUUUAAGACAGUAUUAAUAGUACCUAAUCUUUUUUAAACUUAUAAAUUCAGAAAAGUUAUAAAAGGGAACUGAAAUAGUGUGAGGGAAGAAAAUUAGAGAAAUGCUGAAUCCAAAAACUAAAUUUAGAAACAUUUGUGAUAAUAAAAAAGGCAGCUUAAUGAAAAAAGAAUUAUACUUUCAGUGGCAGGAAAUGCUGUGUUUUAAGGCAAUCAAGGCUGGUUUCCAAUCAAGGACUGUAAAAGCUUUAGUGCCCAUAAAGCUAUUUGUAUGAACUGAAAAUAGCCUUUAUUUUCUAGGCAACCAGUUGGCAAAAACAUUGUUUAUCCAAAGGAUGAAUUUAUCCUAGGACACUGUAUAAAGACUUGUUAAAUCCAGAGAUAUUAUCAAAAAAUUUAAAAGGCAAAUAAUUAAAGUAGAAACCACUACUCAGCUCACUUAAAGGCAAAAUAUACUAUCUUCCAAAAAUGUAUUUUAGAAAAGGAAAUUGAGACAUUACAAAAAAUUUCAGAAUCUUAAGAAAUUAACAGUUAAAUAAUGGGAUGUGUGUGCACUUGGAGAGGGAUGGCAUGAAGUAUCAGUCAGUGCACAGGGAGCUUAGGCUAUUUUUACCUUGCAAAGUUGGCCAGCUUGUCACUUUGAAAACAAGGGUAUUUCAGACCAAAAAUACACCUUCGUGUGCUUUUGUCUCCUCUUUGUAUUCCUGUCAGGAAAGUGUGUGGAAAGGAGCGCUUCUCUCCUUAUUAAAGCGGCAGUGUUUGAGAUAAGUCCAUGUUCCCUAUUCCUAAGGAUUAAGAACUCUGAGAGAAGAGGGCCCUCCAGGCAGGGCUCCAACUUGUGCCCUGUGCCAACGGCAGUUCAGCAGGCUGGACACACUGAUGGGAACCCAGAGGCCUCUGAGCAGCCCUGUGGUCCGAGGGCUGUGCCUUGCCGCCUGCCUGAAAGCCUGCAGAGCCUCUUGGAUCAGCACCCCCACCAGCUACUGUGUCCUUGGUGAUGCUCGUGGUGACAGACAUGCGGAUCUGGAGACUCCUGGCUACUAGUAUGAAGCCUAGAGUGAAAAUCUUAAAUCCAACAUGCUGCGUGUAAUUUUAAAAAGUGAAACUGUAUUUUUCUGUUUCUCAGUAUCUAAAUGUCAAAGGCACUUGUAAGGUUAAUGGUAUCAUCUACAAUGAAUGCUUUAAAGUUACAGUGCAUAUCAUUUAACAGUUAGUCCUAUGAAGUUAAAAAGCAAACUCAUAAUUUCAAACCACAGUGAUCUAUGGUCAAUCUGAAAUGCUCUUGCUGCUGUCUCCUUCUGACUGCUACUCUGAUCAAGUACUGGGUAACCUUUAAUAGGUAGGUGGUAGGAAAAAUGAACACAGACAGCAGAAAUGUAGAAAACCUAAUUAGUUUGAUCACAGUUAAAAGAAUAGGGGGAACGUUUGCAAAUCACCUAAAAUAAGCCAGAACUGUAGACAGGAAUAGGACAUAAAAACCAAAAUUACACUUUUCUUAAAUUACCUGCAAAGGUAGCAUGAUUCAACAUGUUUUUAAAUAUUAGUGCAAAUUUCAACUAUUAUUCUUAUAUAUAAAAUUUUUAAGAGUUUUAAAUGCCUAGAUUAGCAGAGGGAAGUUAGGGCUUCCCUUUACGUGUUCAGAUAAUACAUUUCAGUCUUCGUUUGCUAGUGUCUCAGUAGAUAUCCAUAUUUUGGCCCCACUUAAAAACUUGCUUAAUGGUGUUCCUAAAAUGCUUCGUCUGCAUAGAUUGCCGACAGGAGAAAAUGGAAAUGAAGAGGAGAGGAACUCAGGUGUCCCUGAGGUGGUGUGUGGGCCUUGGGCCCUGAAGUACAUCCUGCUCUGCUCCAGCUCUGCGUAGCAGGCUUCCAGGGGGCCGCUGUGCUGCUGCCGCAGCAUUCUGCUGAGUACGUCCACCUCGUCCGCCAGCAGGGACAGCUUGUGGAAGGCAGUGAUGGAGCCCCCCAGGUGGAUCUGAGCCUCAGGGACCCAUCGGAAGUAGCACAGAUUCCACAGUUUUAUGUGUAUUCCCGAGAGACAAGGCAGAAUCACACCGUGGAGGUCAGCUGGUUUGGAAAACCACUCUCUAAAAUAUUGUUCCAUAUCUCUGUUGUGACUGUCAAUGUGCUGAAGUGGGUCUGGCUUUCGUUUUAAUAUUAGUGAAUUUCUCCUCGGAAACAGUUCUUGGUCACCAAUGAUCCCAUUCUUUAAGGAAGAUGGCAUUCCCCUCAAGGUAGAACUGUAGCUCUUCUGCACAGGAGAGACCACAGCAUUAUCCUCCGGGAGUCUCUUUCUGACAGAAGACUAAAGGUGCAAUGGCAAAUAAAAUACAGUAUUUAUGGAAAAUGAAAUUUCAGCCUCAGCGAACAUUUGUUCCUUCCCUUGGAGUACUUAAUAUAAUCCUCCUCCCCUGGACUCGCUGCUUUUCAGGGUCGAUCCUCCUGAGGCUAUUGCCAUACCUAAAGUGAGUAUAUAUCUUAUCUAUCAGAUAGCUCAAAUGGAUAUUUACAAAUUUCUGGAUUAGGGGAAAAAAACCUAAACCUGGCCAACUCUGGUAAGAAGAAUGGCCAGACUAGAUGAGUUUCAGGGAACAGGGCUCCAGGCCCACAGCCUCGAGCUGCCAACAUAGAUCUGAACAGGCUUCACGGGACUCAGGCACCAAGACAAAAGUCACAAUGUAGCACAUCGGUUAAAAAAAGGAACAAUCCUUCAAAACGCUGGAUUAACAGUGUUACUGUUGUGGGCUAUGGCUUUAUUUUUAAUAUUUUGUGUCCUUAUGUGUGUGCUUGUGAGUAUUGUACUGUUAGUUUUGUACUGUUAGUGCGUUGUGGUUUACCUUUGUCCGCUUGAAAGACUUCACAGAGCCAUUCUGUACACAGGGCAUGCUCUUUCCAAUGUAGAAGGGGUUGUG